AUGGCAAAUAGAGUGUCAAACGAUCAGCUCGAAGACCUAUUGGAGUUUCUUGGCCAACAUCCCACUUUAGCCAAAGGAGUUGGGCUUGGAGCAAGAUCCAAAGAAACUGUGGAUAAACUGUGGAAUGUUCUUGCUACAAAGCUGAAUGCACAUGGAUCUGGGUCAUCGAAAUCCGGUGAACGGUGGAAAAAGUAUUGGACUGAUCUCAAGCACAAAAGUAAGUGUAGACUUGCUAAACGGAGGCAAGAUUAUUUGGCAACUGGUGGUGGUCCAAGUAGCCAAGAUGAUUUAUCAGAGACUGACAAAAAAAUCUUGUCCAUCAUUGGAAAGCAAGCUGUAUUUGGUGAUAGUGAGCACAGAGUUCCUAUAUUUACCACUGAACCUGACACUGACACUGAAAUAGUUAUAUUUCCUGAUACAGUAAAGUCACCUUCAACAAGUGGGCAAACAUGUACGAUUUACACUUCGGAAAUAGCUGUGUCUGAUUCCACACCAGUUAACAUCACCAAUACACAGACACAGCAUAUGGCCGAGUUACCACAGACUGAAAAUGUUUCGGAACCACCACAAACUGAUCAGUCUAAAGUCGAUCCGGAAUGGGUCAUGAAAUUGGAGGAGAAGAGGGUUGAGUCUGAAAAAAAGCUUGCCGAUGCUGCUAUGGUGAUGGCAGAGGCAUCUCGCAUGCAAGCUGAAGUAGCCCGCACACAAGCUCACAUAACUAGCACACUCAUAGAGCUUGUGCAAAGGCAAAGCGAAGACAUACGUGCCUUGCUUGAAGCACGGAGACUACCAGAACUCUAA